CGAGAUCCAGAAGUUGUAGUGCCGCAAGCGAUUCGCAUUCGGAUUCUGAGGAAUCGAUGCACUUUUCCGACGCUCCGAGUCAAGGGGCCGCGUCUACCAACACAGGGCCAGAAGCCGAAACAGACGAAGCUUGGGUGGAGAGGGUGCUCCGGGAACUUGGCGAGGAGGAAGGAUGGUUCCUCGCAGAAAGUGAAACGGUUGACGAGCAGAACCUCGCUGGUGCCAGGAGCCCGCGGAGUCGCC